AUGUCACAGCAAAAAGCGAUCUCUCCCGACUUGCGAGAUUCAAAGGACGCAAGAGAGGAACCAGCUGACGAGCCUCCUGCAACUCGUAUCCUCACUCGACGAGCAAGUCGCUCUGCGGCUAAUAGUACAAAGCAAACAUCCGAACCACCACCUUCCAAAGGGGCUGAUGAUGGCGAUGAUUCACGAGCAUCCACUUCUCCUACGCGUGUAACGCGUUCACAAUCCAUUGAGCCUACAGACCAUCAACAUCAACAUCAACAACAACAACAGCCGAUCAAUACAAGAAAACGGAUGCGACGAGGCACGGGAUCUACUUCCGGAUCCAACACCGCAAUCAAUGGCAAAAAGCGUACAAAGUCUGGUAACGAAGCAAGUGAAAGAGAGACUCGGAAUGCUACGCAACGCAUGACAAAAGAGACACGAGAAGCUAGAAGAGCUCAACGUGAAGCUGAAAUGAAAGAAAGAUUGGCUGAGCUGGACGAGUUGGAACAAACCGUCAAGAAUGGAACCCAUCCAGAGUAUCUACGAUUGCUCAAAGAGAUUGAAAACAAGCGAGAGAAGAGGAUCCGUGUCACCAAGGCUCAAUAUGAACUCGCUCUUCAGAAUCAAAAUGCCGUUCUUGAUACUAUUCGUAAGGCAUCCAAGGAUCAUCUUGUGUUGAAGAAGCAAGCAUUCCGGCGACACAUGAUGCAACAAGUGCAACAACAGAUCAGUAAACUCGAGCAGGAGUAUUAUACGCAUAAUGUGACCAGCUCGUUGGACAAUCAGCAUGUGGCUAACUGGACUCCGCUACACCGCCCUUCACGGCUUGAUAUCCUUUUUAUCAUAUAA